GCGCCGCGGCCCCGGCAUGAGGAGCGGGCGAUGAUCCCCGCCAACGCCUCCGCCAGAAAGGGGCCCGAGGGCAAGUACCCGCUGCACUACCUUGUGUGGCACAACCGCCACCGCGAGCUGGAGAAGGAGGUCCGCGCCGGCCAGGUGGACAUUGAGCAGCUGGAUCCUCGUGGUCGGACCCCCCUGCAUCUGGCCACCACACUGGGGCAUCUCGAGUGUGCCCGUGUGCUCCUGGCACACGGUGCAGAUGUGGGCAGGGAGAAUCGCAGCGGCUGGACAGUGCUUCAGGAGGCUGUGAGUACCCGGGACUUGGAGCUGGUGCAGCUGGUACUGCGAUACCGAGACUACCAGCGGGUGGUGAAGCGGCUGGCGGGCAUCCCUGUGCUCUUGGAGAAACUACGCAAGGCCCAGGACUUCUAUGUGGAGAUGAAAUGGGAGUUCACUAGCUGGGUGCCCCUGGUGUCCAAGAUCUGCCCUAGUGACACCUACAAAGUGUGGAAGAGUGGGCAGAAUCUUCGGGUGGACACCACACUCCUGGGCUUUGACCACAUGACGUGGCAGCGAGGGAACCGCAGCUUCGUCUUCAGGGGCCAAGACACAAGCGCCGUGGUCAUGGAGAUUGACCACGACCGCCGCGUGGUGUACACGGAGACACUGGCACUGGCUGGGCAGGACCGUGAGCUGCUGCUGGCUGCUGCCCAGCCCACCGAGGAGCAGGUGCUGAGCCGACUCACCGCGCCUGUUGUCACCACGCAGCUCGACACCAAGAACAUCUCCUUUGAGAGGAACAAAACCGGCAUCCUGGGCUGGCGCAGUGAGAAGACUGAGAUGGUGAAUGGGUACGAAGCCAAGGUGUAUGGGGCAUCCAACGUGGAGCUCAUCACCCGGACACGGACAGAACAUCUUUCAGAACAGCACAAGGGCAAGGUCAAAGGUUGUAAGACACCUCUGCAGUCCUUCUUGGGAAUUGCUGAACAGCAUGGGGGCCCGAAAAAUGGGACCCUGGUCACUCAGACUCUGAGCCAAGCCAACCCCACUGCCAUCACUGCAGAAGAAUACUUCAACCCCAGCUUCGAGCUUGGCAACCGUGACAUGGGCCGCCCCAUGGAACUGACCACCAAGACACAGAAGUUCAAGGCCAAGCUGUGGCUGUGUGAGGAGCAUCCCCUGUCCCUGUGUGAGCAGGUGGCCCCCAUCAUUGACCUCAUGGCCGUCAGCAAUGCGCUUUUUGCCAAACUCCGGGACUUCAUCACCCUGCGCCUGCCACCUGGCUUCCCGGUCAAGAUUGAAAUCCCAAUCUUCCAUAUCCUCAACGCCCGCAUCACCUUCGGGAACCUCAAUGGUUGCGACGAGCCGGUGCCAUCGGUGCGAGGCAGUCCCAGCAGUGAAACCCCUUCCCCAGGCAGCGACUCCUCUAGUGUCAGCAGCUCCAGUUCCACGACUUCGUGCCGCGGCUGCGAGAUCUCCCCGGCAUUGUUCGAGGCCCCACGAGGCUACAACGUGCUGGGCGGCCAGCGGGAGGCAGUGUCCCGAGAUGACGACGAUGACCUACUGCAGUUCGCCAUCCAGCAGAGCCUCCUUGAGGCCGGCAGCGAGUAUGACCAGGUCACCAUCUGGGAGGCGCUAACCAAUAGCAAGCCAGGCACCCACCCUAUGUCCUACGAAGGUCGACGGCAGGACAGGAGCGCCCCGCCCACCCCGCAGCGCCAGCCUGCGUCCCCAGAGGCCCCCGCGUCGGUCCCCAGCCCUCGGCCGAGUACGGGCACAGGCCCUGGCAGCCACGUGUUCCGGAGCUACGAUGAGCAGCUGCGGUUGGCCAUGGAACUGUCCGCGCAGGAGCAGGAGGAGCGGCGGCGGCGCGCGCGCCAGGAGGAGGAGGAGCUGGAGCGGAUCCUGCGGCUUUCACUGACCGAGCAGUAACGCCCCCUGCCGGGCCUCUCGGCCACACCACGCGGGACCCGCCCCAGGCCCAGAGCAAGAAACGUCUGGGUCCGUAUCCUCUUGCCAAGCUGGGGCUGGAGACUGGAGUCCCCACCUCGGAGCGCAGCAGCGCAGCAGGGACGAGACCGGGAGGGGUUUGGCACCGGCGCGGGGCACCUUUCCGGACCAGGGCCCUGGAGGCAGCUGGCACGGCCCGGUCCCCUGCUUUGCAGUAUCCUGACUUCCCUCCACUCCUUCCCUCCCCCUAGGCUCAGACCUGUCUGAUAACAGAGCCAGUCAUUCCGAGGGAGAGAUGAAUCCUUAGAGGAGCAGUGUCCCUAUCCCUUGCUCCUUUUGGCCUGCCCUCCUUUCUGCUCACAGACCCCACUCCAGGACACUGCCCUUGAAGCCUUUGCAUCUCCGCUCUUCACCCCUGGGGGGCAGCUGAGCUCCCCGAGUGCUGUGUCUCCGCUUUGAGCCAGACACCAAACAGCACGCCAAGGGUCCAGCCCCCUCCCCCACCCCGGCAUUUCAGCGUCAAGUGCACUUAGCGGGGUGUCCGGCUCCCCCACCCCCACAUCCCUUCUGGGUCUCAGGGUGGUCCCAGCUUCUCCUUGGGCGGCCAGAAGUUCGAGUCCCCAUUCCAAAGACACGUUUUUGUGAUCAGGAAGGGUGUCUAAAGUGCCGCUCUGACCUGGGCAAGACCUGGCUCCCUUAUGGUGUCUUGGAGAGUAGGGGCAUGCUGGACUGGGGGCAGGCAUAGACCGUACAUUAGACUGGACACAGAGGGGUCGCCCUGGGCCCUGGCACCACCAUCCACCCCUUCCUACCAGCUGCUGCUAGCCCUAUGUGGUUUUGCGUCCCCCUUGUCUCUCACCCAGGGGCUGACUCUAAAACCCUUUAUCCAAUGGUGCUAACCCACGGCUCUCCUCUGCCCCACCCCGCCCAACUAGAGAAGCACAGACCCCGCCAGCGGCAGGGGCACACGGCACACCCUUGUCCUGGUCUUCUCUCGGACUGGCCUUCCGGGCUCAGCCAAUGAGGCUCAGAAGGGACACAAAAAGGGGACGGAAGGAAAAAGCAACAAAGACAAACUCCCUCCAAUUCCUUUCCUUGAUGGCAGGGGCACCAGACUGAUUCUGAGGCACAAAUAAAAGAAGCUUCAAACC